AUGUCGUCUCGUUACCACAUAAAUCAACGACUAUCCCUCAAGGGCCAAGCAUGCACAAUUCGUUUCACAGGCUUAGUGAAAGGCAAGUCCGGAGACUGGAUAGGUGUCGAGUGGGACGAUCCUACUCGUGGAAAACAUGAAGGGAGCCAUGGAGGCACGUCGUACUUCUCCUGCCGCGGCGACUCUCCAGCGUGUGCGUCUUUCCUACGACCAAAUCAACCAUGGGAUGAGCCACGGACUUUUCUGGAAGCGUUGAGAGAGAAGUACGUAGAGCGCGCCGAUGUUGGGGGAGACGCCAUCUAUUUCUCCUCGAAGCAGGCCGAAGAGGUUGGCUUCGAGAAAUUUGCCAAUCGCCAGGCGAAGCUUGAAGGCAUUAAGGUCCUGGUUUUGAAUCGCACGAGAAUUCAACACUCUGCCAGCGACCCAGAUGUCGAUACUAUCGCAGACGUAUGUGCUGAGAUUACAGAUUUAGACAUUGGAGGGAAUCUGUUCGAGUCCAUACAUGGAGUGGUGGACUUGUGUCGACGUUUGCCGAGGUUGAGAAAGCUGGUUCUGGAUGGAAAUCGAAUGGUGAUUGAUGAUGACUUCCUGGACCAAGAGAGGAACCCGGCCUUCGUCCGAAUCAGCGAAUUGAGUCUGUCAAAUACAUUCCUCGACUGGGAAAAUGAGCUCCAUCCAAUGGUCCAGCGCCACUUCGUCAGUAUUCGCAGCCUGAAUUUCAGCGACAACGAAUGCGGCCAUUUUGUACCUUUUGAUGAACCACUAGGUCUUGAUAUAUCCACUCUGGACCUAUCUAACAAUGAGGCCGAGAACAUAGAGAACAUCAGCGGUCUAUCGAAUGCAAACGUUCACACGUUGAUCCUCAAGAACAACAGGAUCGACUCUAUAGGCGACACAGUACCUCUAGCUUCAAUCGUCGAGCUCGAUGUUCGUCACAACGCAAUUGCCUCAUUCGACUUCAUUGAUAUGCUUCCCACUGCCUUCCCAGCCUUGCGCCACCUGAGGACUACAGGCAACCCUCUCUACUCUAAUCUUCGAUCUCACGAUGGCAAGCCACUGACAACUGAAGAUGGAUAUAUGCUCACUAUAGCUCGCUUACCACAGCUGAAGACGUUGAACUAUAAGAAGGAGAGAUUGAACGCCGAGACUUACUACCUCAAUACUGUUGCUCAGGAGGUGUCCAAAACUUCUUCUGAAGAGGAGAAGGAGAAGACGAUAGCGCGGCAUCCGAGGUGGAAAGAGCUGUGUGAGGAGUACGGCGAACCAGCUAUUCUUCGUCAAACAAUUGACCACACUACAACGUCAGGAGAGAAGUUGGUGGACCCGAAUAGCCUUGCAGCACGCCUCGUUACAGUCAAUUUCACCUAUGGGUCGAAGACGUGGACGCGAGAGGUCCCGAAGAGCUUCUCGGUAUAUGAAGUUCUGGGUUUGGUUGGGAGGCCAUUGUCCGUCAUGCCCUUGAAACUGCGACUUAUCUACGAGACUAACGAGCAAGCUGUGUUGGUGGAGGGGGUACAAUACGAAGGACCGGGGUGGUGGUGUAGCGAUGGCGAGAGUGAAGGCGAGGAUUUGAUCGAGAAUGGAGCCAAGGCUUUGCGAGCGGUGGAGUUGGUUGCCGGGACUAGGACACUGGGGACGUAUGUUGAGGGUCGACAUGCUAAGAUACGGGUUGAGCUGCGUUGA